GCUGAUGAAGAUGCAUGCUCUCGUCUCUGAACUUGCUGAUACAGUUGUUGAUGGUUAAGUGGUCUGAACGAAGUUCGACUUUUUCUACUUGUGACUAUGUUAAAGGACAGAUGUUUGUGACUAUUUGAUAUCAAUAAUUAUGGGAAGAAAAAAAAAGAUCUUGUUUCUUUUGACAAAGAAACAACCUGCAACCUGCCUGAACUCUCCUCCCUCCCUUUCUUGAAAUGACGAAGAAAUUAAAAGCUUAAUAAGUUGUUUCAGUAAUGAAUUCUAUCAUUCUAUGUGUUACAACAUGUUUAACAAUUGCAAGCAGAAUGGAUUAAAGGCAUUACGGUAUAAUUUUACCGGCUUAUAAGUGAGUUUUAAGAACUGAAAAUUCUUUUUCCAUAAGACAAAUGUGUUAACUGUAGAUACUAAAUGUGUAUACUAAAUGUACAUGAGAUUAAUUUGUAAUAGUCUGAAAAACAACUUUCAUAGUUUAUAAAUUAACAAAAAUGGUAAACUCACUAUAACGAUUUAACCACGACUACACUCAAAAGAUGUUGACAAAAUUUCAAAUAUUGAUUAGUGGAGCACCUUGACCGGGUAGCAUAUGUAGCACGAAGAGUAUAAAAGGCCCGCGCAAAAUCGUGCUCUGCACAAUGAAACAGAAUUUCUUCCCUUGGAAGUCUCUCGUACUAGUUCUAUAAAAUAAAACCCCAUUCAAAAGCCCUCCAAAAACCCAAAUUGAAAACUGAAAAGCUUCAGAGGCGACAGAUUAUUGUUUCUCUUCAGCAAUGGCGACCAAAUUCAAAGUCGACGAGCUUCGUGCAGAGCUGGCUAAACGCGGCCUUGACACAACCGGCACCAAACCCACACUGGUGCGAAGGCUGGAAGAAGCUAUCCAGGAAGUGAGCAACCGUCAGUCCACUAGUUCAAACGGCAAUAAUCGGAAAAGGCAGAGGGAUGGUUCGGAGAAUGAAGACACUGAGAAGAAUAAAGUCAAGGUGACAGAGGAACUGAGGAGCAUGACUGUUAAGCAACUGAGGGAAGAAGCAAGCCGUCGUGGGAUUUCAACUAGCGGGUCGAAGAAAGAGCUAGUUGAGAGGCUUUCUUCUUUCUCUGAUGAUGGUUCAGAUAACGGUAAAUUACCCGACGUUGUUGAAGUUGAAGAAGCUAAGGAAGAGAAAUUGGUCACAUUAACAAAGAAAGGUGCAUCUGUUUUAGAUCAAUGGCUUCCUGAUGACAUCAAGGCAAAUUACCAUCUUCUGCAGUGUGGGGAUGAAAUUUAUGAUGCAAUGCUGAACCAGACAAAUGUUGGACAGAACAAUAACAAGUUCUAUGUUAUUCAAGCUUUAGAAUUUGAUGGUGGUGGGAAAUUCCUAGUCUACAACAGAUGGGGCAGAGUUGGUGCCAAGGGUGGAACACAGGUCUUUGGCCCCUAUACAUCUCAACAUGAUGCAAUUCGUGAAUUUGAGAGCAAGUUCCAUGGCAAAACUAAGAAUCAUUGGUCCAACCGUAAGGACUUUGUUUGCUACCCAGGGAAAUAUACUUGGUUGGAAAUGGACUACAGUCAAAAUGGAGAAGAUUCAUCAGUUUCAGGAGAGCCAAACUCUUUAAUGAAAAAUCAACCCCGUGAAACAAAACUGGAAGGACGAAUUGCCAAGUUCAUUUCUCUUAUUUGCAAUGUUAGCAUGAUGAAGCAACAAAUGAUGGAAAUAGGAUAUAAUGCUGACAAGUUGCCCCUAGGCAAGCUGAGCAAAUCAACAAUUUCAAAGGGCUAUGACGUCUUGAAGAGGAUUGCUGAUGUGAUUAACCAAUCAGAUAGAAAAAUUCUUGAAAAUUUAAGCAGUGAAUUCUACACUGUCAUUCCUCAUGACUUUGGCUACAAAAAAAUGCGUGAGUUUACCAUUGAUACCCCUCAGAAGUUGAAACGCAAAUUGGAAAUGGUUGAAUCUCUUGGGUUAAUUGAGCUUGCCACUAAGUUGCUGGAGGACCCAACUGAGUUACAGGAUGAUCCCUUGUAUUAUCAUUAUCAGCAGCUACAUUGUCAAAUGACUCCAGUUGAUGUUGGCACUAAAGAGUAUCUAAUGGUUGAGAAAUAUAUGAAGAAUACACAUGCGAAGACACAUUCAAGUUAUAAUGUGGAUAUUGUUCAUAUAUUCAGGGUGGCAAGAGAUGGUGAAGAAGAACGAUUUCAGAAGUUCUCCAACACAAGAAACAGGAUGCUUUUGUGGCAUGGUUCUCGACUAUCCAACUGGAUUGGUAUUCUGUCCCAAGGUUUACGUAUUGCUCCUCCAGAAGCCCCUGUAACUGGUUACAUGUUUGGGAAAGGAGUUUAUUUUGCUGAUAUGUUCUCUAAGAGUGCAAAUUAUUGCUAUGCAAGCCCUACUGCUGGGGAUGGUGUGUUACUUUUAUGUGAGGUUGCUCUUGGAGAAAUGAAUGAACUGCUUACAGCAAACUAUAAUGCUGACAAAUUACCAAAGGGGAAGCUAAGUACCAAAGGAGUUGGUGCCACUGCUCCAGAUUUUUCAAAGGCUUGUACACUCGAAGAUGGCGUUGUUGUUCCCUGUGGAACCCCCAAAGAGCAGCCAGGCAUAAAGGGUAGCUUGUUGUACAAUGAGUAUAUAGUUUACAAUGUGGAACAAAUUAGGACACGCUAUGUUGUACAGGUGAAGUUUAACUUUGGGAGACACCAGAGCUGAUGAUAUUUAACUUAGAAUGCCAGAUUUUAUUUUUUUUAAACAAUAAUCUACAUGUGGUAGUAAGCUAAAGACACAAAGACUGAUAACGUGACACUUGUUUAGUACUACUAGUUUUGUUACAAUGUAGUAUCUGUUUGUAACUAUUUUCUCAACUUACUGAAGCACAUAGAGUCAAUACCGCCCCCACCAGGGCACCCUUCAUUUAGUCAUGAUCAUACAAAAUAGAGAGCUUAGCAGGGGUUAGAUUGGGGGGGCGGGUCAAGGAGUUCUGGAUGCAGCUUUGAUCUGCAGAGAGGGCAGUCCGGGUGCUUGGCCAGCCACGCAUCCGCGCAUUCUACAUGGAAGCCAUGGUUGCAACCCGGGAUCAACCUAACAGGUUCGUCACUCCCUAUAUCUUCCAAACAAACAGCACAAUCGUUCCCAAGGACCAAAUCCUUGCCUGCAAUUCUUGGAAGCUUGUUAAGCUGCGUGGCAGAUAGACCCCUCUGCCGGCUGUUUUUCACCACCUCCUGGUUAGCACCAUCACCAGCCCGAUACCUGAUGGCGUACCAGAAUGAGCAGAAGUAGACUAUAAACACUGCGGACAUGCUGGCGCAUGGCAGAAAGAGGGCAAGUAACACCCACUGCCCCAUUCUUUGGUUUAUUGGUAUCGAUUUGGAAGGCUUCACCGGAGCUUUUAUAUGAGAGAAACACUGCUCUGCUAAGAACUUAGCUUCUAUGCGGAAAGAGGGAAUUUUGGAGUAUGUAGAUCAGAGUGUAAUUCACUACAUUUCGCAUGGUAAGAGUUGGAGUUAAAUGGGGACCCCUGUAUACUGUGAUUGGGGAAGCAGUGCAGCCGUGCAGGCAGUAGGGCAAUGCUAGAAUUUGCAUGGAAAUGGAAAAUAAAAAACUUUUUCAAUUUUGUUGCUGAUUUCUGUUAUGGGAAGAUGACUGUGUUUAAUGAAUGCCAAUAGAGAAAACAGCGCACUCAAGUAACCUUACCGAAAUGCUAUUGGCAGAAUCUUUCUCAUACAUGCAUUUUGAAGUAAUGGCAAUUCUUUUGUUGGAUUGUCAUAUCAUACAAUGAGGAUUAUUCAUUAAUUAUUUGAUGUGAUGUGACACAACAUUCACAUGGGGUGUAAUUUAUUCUAAUCUUAAAAGUAAUUAUCUUUUGAUAUA